AUGUCAAAUGAAAAUGAAGAAAAUCUUCCAAAUAAACGCCCAAACAGACCUGAAGAAAGUGAGGUUCAGGAGCCUGAAAAAAGAGCUAAUUCUGUUUAAUUUUAAACGAAUUGCUUUUUAAAACAUAAAUUUUGCAAAUUGAAUUAAUAUUUGCUUUCCAAUUUUUGCGAAUUAGGAUUUUUUUAAAUUUCGAAAAACAUAUUUUUUUAUAAAAUUUAUAUAUAAAUUUUUUUAAAAAAAAAAUUAACCCCCCCUCCGUGAGUGAACAAAAUUUUUUUGUUCACUCACGGAGGGGGGGGGGGAGUAAGCAAACACAAACUUCUGACAGCGAAGAAGAAAAAGUCCAAGAUAAUGAAGAAAGAAAUAUCAUGAUUCGAACGAUUGAAAUUGAGAGCUCGUCUGAUAAUAGUGAAAGUCUUGACGCUGAGAUUGAAAAUUACUUGCAGUUCAGAAAAAGAGACCAAGGGUUAAGGUCACCUUCUUACUCUGGGGACUCUGAUGAAGAAUUGGUGGAUGAGUUGCCGAUGGAAAAUGCUGAGGCUUCUGAAGAAGAGCUUCAUGCGAAUAACACUUAG